AUGAGAAAAAGAGAUCAAGUCUUAUGUACCAUUGGAUGCAUCGGUACCCUUAUCGUUGUGCUGGUUCUGUCAGAUAGUUUGUUUGGUAAAGGAGAUCUCGGGAAUUCCAAUUCAAAUGUUAUCUCUUCAGGCUCCCCAAGUUUGAGUAUGUGUGACAUUCCGAUUUUAAAGAGAGAGAACUAUAUACUGAAAGGUCUUGAUAUAAAUGAUUAUGAAAGAGGAUUUGUUGAAUGCCUGAAUGAACUAACUAUUCCUGGUAAAGUUACCAAGGAACAGUUUAAGGAAAGGUAUCUAUCACUUUGCAAAGACGGAUGUUAUAAGAUAGUGGUUGCAUAUAAUCCACAUAAAGAUAAGAUUAUUGGAAGUGGAACUUUGUUUGUCGAAAAAAAGUUUAUCAGAGGAUGUGUUUCCAAAGGUCACAUAGAAGACGUGGUUGUUUCUAGUGAGUACAGAGGAGAAGGGAUUGGAAAGGAUAUAGUAGAAAAGCUGAUAGAGAUUUCCAAAAAUAUGGGGUGCUACAAAACUGCACUAGUUUGCGACUUAAAGAAUCUUGAGUUCUACAGAAGAUGUGGAAUGAAAGAGAAAGAAAGAGAAAUGGUGAUAUAUCAUUAA